UUGCACUUACUUUCGGUCAAUAAGGGUUAUUUCUCAACUGUUCUACCUGUUUUUAACUAAAUUCGUUAUUAUUAUUAUUUCCGCUUAUUAUUUUAAUAAAACGCAUAUGUAACCCAGGAAGAUGCUUCGCGCGAUGCAUCAUGGGCUAUAUGUUAACGAUCCAGAAACGUUGCUGCAUCAGGAUUGGAGCGAAGCUGCACAUGGACACAAAUGAUAGAAAGUUAUAAAUUAAACUUUGUCCGCGCAACAAUAAGCCAUUUCCUGCGCUGUUUGUUUUCUGCCACAGAGAGACAGACAUGUCUCUUAGUCUUGCAGAGGAGAGAGACAGGAUAAGGAGACAGAUUGAGGAGCUGGAACAGAACCUGGGCGCAGCUCCUGUCGACUUGGACCUUCUUUCUAGUGACGCAUCCUCAGAUGAUGGAUCAGAUGACGAGAUACAACUGGUGGAGCAAAGCCAUCAGGUGUCUUCCGGUUUGUUGGCCGAGAGAGACCAGAUCCAACAGGAGAUUGAAGAGCUGCAGACAGCCCUGCAAUCACAGAAUGUCAUCUGUUUGUCCGUGAAUGACAGCAAUGACAGCGGAGAGAGCGAGGGGGAGCUGGACGUCCCAGAGACAGAAGAGGGGUGCCUCCAGGUGAACCUGGUCUACCAGCAGGUUCUGAUCGACUCACUCAGCCAACUGGAGCACCUGCUCAACCAGAACAGACGCGCACAGAAAGAGCUGCUGUUUCAGAUGAAUGGACCAACCAGAGACAUCAGGGACGCCAACCGCACGCCUACCUCCUACCAACAGCCUUCCAAAGUGUACCUGGGUCGCUUCCAUAAGCCAUACUUCAAGGAUAAACUCACUGGACUGGGUCCUCCAGCCAAUCCGGAGAGCAAGGACAGGGCAUCCAUGAUGAGCGCUCAUCUUGAUGAAAAGCGCCUACAAGUGAAAAGAUGGGAAGGCUGGCAGAAGACGCUGUUGAUAAACGCGGUGUCCAAGGACAGCCUCAAGAGGCAGAUCCAGCCCAAACUGUCCAAAGUGGACUAUCUGAGUCAGAAGAUGUAUAAAGCACGUGAAGAAGAGAAAGAGGCACUGAGUGAGCAGAUAGGGCAGCUGGAGAAAGACAUUCAGCAGCUCAGAACCCAGAAGGAGGAGGACCUUGUCGGGGGUCGUUAUGAUGAGCAUGACUGGCAGAAGAUCUCCAACAUCGACUUUGAGGGGACAAGGGAGGCGGAUGAUUUGCGUCAAUUCUGGCAAAACUUUCUCCACCCAUCGGUCAACAAGUCCACCUGGACUCCACAGGAGCUCGAGCGUCUGGAUGAAUUGGUCAAAGAACAUAAAGAGAGAGACUGGGAGGGCAUCGCUGAAGAGCUUGGGACAGGCAGGACGGUCUUCAUGUGUUUCCAGACCUACCAGAGGUUCUUGUCAAAGAACUUGAAGAAGAGCGUUUGGUCUGCAGAGGAAGACGAGGUGCUCAGGGAGCUGGUGGAUAAGAUGAGGAUUGGAAACUUCAUACCGUACACGCAAAUGAGCUAUUUCAUCGAGGGUCGUGACCCCAGCCAACUGAUGUACCGCUGGUCCCAGGUCCUUGACCCUGCGCUCCGGAAGGGCCCAUGGUCCAAGGAGGAGGACAAGGCCUUGCUGCGAUCUGUAGCUCGUCUUGGAGAAAGAAAUUGGUCUAAAAUAAGGUUAGAAGUCCCAGGUCGUUCUGACGGUGCUUGUAGGGACAGAUAUUGUGACUGUCUGAAGGAAGGAAUAAAGAGAGGACCUUUUGAUGCGCAGGAGAUAGCUCUGCUGGUCACGCUUGUCGAGAAACAUGGAGUGGGGCGCUGGUCUCGAAUUGCGGCUGAAAUCCCAAAUCGCUACGACGCGCAGUGUCUCAGAGAAUGGAGGAAGUUUGUUAAGAAGAACGCCACUUUGACACUCCUGGAAAAAGACAUGCCGGUGCAGAAGAUGAAGGGGAGGCGUUUACCGGCCGGUAAGCGUGAUAUUAAAAAGGAGGAAGAGGAGGUGCUGCUGACUGAGAGCUCAGAAGAUGAGGAUGAGGACAAGGAUGAAGUGGUGUACAUGGACAGUGACGACGAGAAGAUGAAGCAAGUCGUGGAAGCAGAGCGGAAACUGGAGAGAGAGGAGGAGGAGCACGAGCAGAAGAAGGAACUGGAAGAGGAGGAGGAGGAGGAGGAGGCCGCGGCGGAGGAGGAGGAGGCGGCGGAGGAGGAGGCGGAGGAGGAGGAGGCAAAGCCAGUGGAGAGACCUCCGGAGAACAUAAAGUGUCCCACCAAGGAGAAACGGGCGGCUCUAGAUACCUUUAGCUACCAGGUGGUGGAGAGGCCCUGUUUUGGCCCUGUCCAGCACAGGGAAAAGCCUGUGCGCUCCACUCUAGUGGACGCCAGAGGAAACCUCCUGGAAACAUUGUUUGGUCUGGAGCCCCGGGUCCUGAGGUGUGGAAGCCAGCACAGCCCGCUGGCCCUGCUGCAGGUGUCCUGUUCGGAGCUCUUUGACUUCCUAACAAUAUGCGCAGACUGCACGCCAAACAGCUACUCCCAGAAGAAACCAGGCAAGAGGCGCCGGUUUGCCAGGAACAACCCGUCCAUGGACUAUCGGCUGAUGGCCGCGGUGACCCCGUGGAUCGGGAAACUGCUGGUCCCGGAUCCCAACGCUGGCGGCAAGACGGGGGCGUACGCCCUGCGGCAGAGGAUGCAGCCGUUGUCUCUGGGCAGCACCCCAAUCUUUCGGCUGUUCCUGCAGGUCCUCAAGGUGGACCUGCUGAGCUGUAAGGUCAGUAUAGAAAAUAAGCAACGUGAAGCCAGAGUUCCACCCCCGCGCCUCCGUCCCCAUAUACCCAACCCAACUACAGUGCAGGGUAUGCUCCAUGAGAAACUCAAAAGGGCUCAGGGACGCAAAGAACUACAGAAAUGUCUACCUCAGCUUGUGCAAUUCCCGGCCCAACAGCCUCUACUGCAACAGGCACAGGCACCACCUUCUCCACAAGUCUCGUUGAUGCGCAUCCCUCAGAUGGCGCCUCAGAGUCCCAGCAUGCCUCCUAAUGUGCAUCCUUGCAGCCGUCCAGGCGCUCCGUCUACCUCUCAUCCGGUCAUGCAGCCCGUCGUACCUCCUCAGAUGGCUGCUCUCCGGUUUACUCCUCCCAGAGGGUUGGUCCCUCGGCAGCAAAGCCCUGGAGCGGUGAGGUUACUGCCCCGUAUUGCCCCUGCCCCGUCUCCUGCCAAGGCCUUGCUUCCAAUUCAGGCUCGCCCCUGGCUUUCCUCCUCCUCAGCGGCACCACCAGCCGGACCAGCUACCCUUUUGUCCCAAGGGUCUGCUCCAUUAAGAGGAGCAAAGAGAGGGCGGGCAAGUGAGCCUUCCCCAGGGCCGUCAGCCAAUCAGAAGAGUGCAGAGGAGACGCAAGAGAGGAAGAGAGUUCGGAGAAAGACGGCUAAGGCUAAAGUUCUGGAAGCAAUGGCUCAGGCAAAGACCGAAGCCAAAUGUAAGACAUCACCAAAGCGGACGCAGGAGCAAAUUGGGAAAGCAGUUCCUCUGGCCUUACCCGAUGGCUUCGUCCUGAAUCCUGGCAAGAUAGUGUUCCUAAUGACGCCGAAUGGAAUUGUUAGACUGGUCGGUGCGCCAGCCCCAGGCCUCAAGAAGGCCCUUCCAUCAGGGCACCAAGCCCCAGCUUCUCCCAGCUUCUCCCAAGGGUAUGUGCCAUUAGCACAUACCCUUCCCCAGGCUAGCUUCACAUGCCUCCAGCAGACUCCCAACUUAUCUCCCAUUGUACAACCUGGUGUCUUCACCGCCAUCCCACCAGCUACUGUCUUUACCGCCGUCCCACCACCUUCUGUCCCUACGGCCGUCAGACCAGCCGUUGUCUCCACCUGCCCGGCUCCACUGUCCCCCCACCCUCAGGGACUUCCUCCUUCGCCACGUCCCCAGUGGAGGCAGGUGGCCCCCGGGCCAGCGGGGCUGCUGGCCCGCCCCUUCCCUGUGUCCGUCCUGUGUCACAGCAGUGCCGUAGCGCCCGCCCCGCUCAGGAGGGAGGCCUUACAGUUUGACCCCGCUCUGAUGUUCUGUGAGCCGGCUGAUGAGGUGCAGCUCUGGAUGAGGGGGGCCGGGGGGGUGAAGGCACCGGGCCUGGGCGUGGCCCUGCCUUACUUGCCGCCAUUUGUCGCCAGCCUGGACUCGCUGCACGCACUGCUGGCCUCGAAGGAGUACCUCAGCAAGAAUGCCUUUCUGCUGCUAACCACGGAGACUCCAGAUCACGAUUACAGCUUGGCCUCUGGUGGAGAGGAGGUGUCCCAACCCGAGGACCCAGAUUCUAGACGUAAGGCUACAGCAGAAGAAAAUGUGGCUGCGGUGCGAAAACUAGUGGCCAAGCACUGUGCUGGAAACCCUGCCUACCAGAUGUUGAAGGCACGCUUCCUGUCCUGCUUCACGGUUCCCGCCCUCCUGGCCACCAUCCAGCCAAUCAAAGAGUUGAUGGUCCUGAAUCCGGCAAGAAAGGAGACAGAAAAUACCAAACUGCUACAGGACGGGGAAGGCGCUCCUGCCACUCACUUCACUGGCAUCACCACACGUCGACCCGUAGAAAACGAAGACUCUAGUCGGGACUCUAGUCGGGACUCUAGUCGGGACUCUAGUCGGGACUCUAGUCAUGACUCUAGUCAGGACCAGGACAGCAGUGAUGCAUUUAAAUAAUGAUGCACUCUACUUUUAACUUAAAACCACCACGUUCCUUUAAUAGCAUCUUGUUUAUUUGUAGUCUGGCCAGUACUAGAGGUUUGUAGUCUAUUGUAUAGGCCAGGCUGGUUCCAGGUUCCAGGUUUAUCGAAAGCACCUUGUUAAGGAGCUCAGCAGACUGAAUGAAUGCAAUUUUCAGCAUGCCUUGAUCCAUACAGUGUUGAACUAAUGUGUGUGUGUGUGUGUGUGUGUGUGUGUGUGUGUGUGUGUGUGUGUGUGUGUGUGUGUGUGUGUGUGUGUGUGUGUGUGUGUGUGUGUGUGUGUGUGUGUGUGUGUGUGUGUGUGUGUGUGUGUGUGCUUGUCAAGCUGUGGAGAUUUUCUCAACACCAUAGCUUUGCUAUUGUCACAAGUUUGUGUUUAUGGAUUCAUACGUUUUUUGUAAAGCAAAGAGUUUAUGUUAAUUAAUAAGAAUAAAAUGGUUGU